AUGGGUGCUCUUACGACAUUAGGCUUGCCUCUCGUCGCCCUGUUCGCCAUUGGCUUCCAGAUCUUCCUCAAGGACCCGGUGUGGCUAGGCCUGGGCAUCGGAAAGGAGUUCCAGCCCUUAUCCCACUUUCCCUAUGAGUGCCGCCGAAUCGACAGUGACCCCCAUCUUCAGGGAUGCGAGGACAUGUGGCUCUCCGAGCAAACGCGAGUGCUGUACCUCGCGUGUUCUGACGUGAUGAGCCGAACGCACUGGUUUCCGAGCAAUGAUCACUUCAACUUAUCUGGGCGCUCCCAGAAGGAUGCCGUGAUCGCCCUUCAAAUUGACUCUCCGGCGGGAACCUCCUUCAAGUACAAUGUUCUCAAGACCUCUGGGUAUGCCGGCACCGCUGGAGAUGGAUUGCUCGACCUCACUGGCAUCGCGGGUCUGGAUGUUGCAAGCGAAGGAGAAAAAAGUGAAGGGGAUGAGGAGAGCAUCGUUGAAUUGCUCCUUGUCAACAUGCGCCCUUCGCUAGACUCUACUGGGAAAAUUGCCUCUGAUCAAUCCGUCACGGGUGGUAACUCGACUAUUGAGGUGUUCCAGGUCCGCGGCCGCGACGCGGAGACCAUGACGCACCUGCACACCGUCGCGGAUCCCAACAUCGCCACACCUAACAACAUCGCCCUCGCCAAUAACGAAAACAGCAAACAAUUCUACAUCACCAAUGAUCACGGCCUCCAGAAGGUUGGGAUACGAUCCCACCUGUCGCCUCUCCUGGGAACCGGCAAUGUGGCUUUCUGCACUGUGGACGGCGGGUGUAAGCUUGUUUCGGAGGGUCACAAGUAUCCUAACGGGCUAACGCAACAUGACGGGUUCGUUUACGUUCCGGGUUCCAUGUAUGGAGGCAUUCAAGUUUACCGCAUUGCGGAAGGGACCAACGGUCUCGAGAAGGUAGAGGACAUACCUAUCAAUUACGGCCUGGACAAUCUCUCUGUGGAUGCUAAGGGCGACAUCUACGCGGCUGCGUUCCCGAAAGGAAUCGAGAUUCUACAGUCUUUCAAGGACCCGUACAACUCGAAGCCUCGAUCCACGGUGAUACGCGUUCGGAAGGCCAAGAAUGGAACGCACUCCUGGGAGAAGGUCUUGGAAGAUGGCGAGGGCGGUACGCUCCCUGGUGCUACCACUGUCGUGCACGAUGCGAAGACGGGAAGGCUCUUUCUAAGCGGUGUCAUAUCUCCUUUCAUCACUGUCUGUGAGCCUCGAUCCUGA